AUGUCAGAUCAAGCAAUGGUUCCAUCUAGUUACAGUUAUCAUCUCCGUUCAGCUGGAUCCGAAAUAACCGGCUCGCAACACAAUGCCGUGUUAACAAAGGCUCGUGAUAUUAUCUGGUAUCACUGUGGCGUCACGGGUGAUUUGUUCCCUGAUGAACCACCUGAGGGUUGGGAUACGGGCAGAAAUGGGAUUUGCCCGGGAUACACAAACUUUCUUGUCAGUGGUGGUUUUUGCAGUGGCAUGAGUAGCAUGAACCUUAUGACCAAAUCCGAAGGCUCACAGCAAUAUGAUGCAGUGUUGCGCCAGACAAGACUCGGGGCAACGCACUGA